AUGGACAGGACCCGUAAGAGCAUUUGCUUGCUGUUGUUUUUUCAUCAAUUUUUCACACCUUUUUUCCCGUGUGUUUGCAGAAGUCGCGUGCAAUUUGUUGCUGGUGAUGCGGAAUCGAUGAAACAGGUGGCCCAUAUUCCGGUUUUCAACAGCAGACUGUACGACGAAAGUCCGGGGUGCUGGAAUCCUGUCCCAUAUGGGCCGCUUGAUCCGCGUUUGGGUAUUUGCAACAAGACUAGUAACUGUCAGACGUGCAAGCAGAAUUUGUCGGAUUGUGUUGGUCAUUUUGGCUAUAUCGAUCUUGCCAUGCCAGUAUUCCAUGUGGGCUUCUUCCGCCUCAUCAUACAGAUGUUGCAGUGUGUUUGCAAGUACUGUUCGGCAUUGCUGCUAACUGGCGAGCAAAAGCAAUCAUUUCUACGUCAAGUGAACAGCACAAAUCUGGAUUAUUUGCGCCGAAAAGCGCUCCAUAAGCGAAUUGUAGCUGCGAGCAAAAAAAUAUCUGUUUGUGCUCGAUGCGGCCAUCGAAACGGUAGUUUUGAGUGUUGUGAAGAAAGCGGUUGGAGCGGUGCUGAAAAUAAUUUUUUUGCUGGUCUUUUUUAUAUUCACAUUUUUGCAGGUGUUGUGAAGAAAGCGGUUGGAGCGGUGUUGAAAAUAGUGCAUGCCGAAGUGGUGCCCGCUGAAAAGUAUUCAGAAUUUAUUUACGCUGCUCAAGAAAACAAGGAUUUGCAGGGUUUGAUACCAAAAACGAAGUUCACGCUGCUGAAUCCACUCGAAGUGCAACUUAUCUUUAGCAAAAUUGACAAAGAAGUCCUGUUUGAUCGACACAUUUUCUUCAAAAAUAUUGAUUUUCCACUUUUAAUGGUGCGUGCAGCAGAUACACCGAAGCAUCCAUGUGACGUUAUCCUUACUCGACUUCCUGUUCCACCGUGCUGUAUAAGACCUUCCGUUGUCUCCGAGGUGAAGUCGGGUACCACCGAAGAUGAUAUUACGAUGAAAUUAUCUGAAAUCAUUCUUAUCAAUGAUAUCAUUCGAAAGCAUAAAAAAGACGGAGCGCCAGCGAAAACUGUUACUGAAACAUGGGACCAUUUGCAAGUAAGUGACAUCUUAAAUACUGAAGCAUUUUACUCCGAUCUGCUCAGAAUAAUCGUUGUAAUUUUUGCUUUUUGA